ACAAAGAAGACUGCAUCUAUUCUGCCAUGCCUUCGAAUGUCCUUGGCUUCCUCUUUGCAGUGUUACUCUCUGCCAGCUAUCAAAUCAUCAGUUCUUUGGACCAGAAGUGCACUGAGAAAGAAGUCAACAAAACAUACAACUGUGAAAAUUUAGGUCUCAGAGAAAUUCCGGACACUUUACCAAACACAGUAGAAUUUUUGGAAUUUGGCUUUAAUCUUCUACCAGCAAUUCAAAAUACAACUUUCAGCAGAAUUAUAAAUCUUGUCUUUUUGGAUUUGACCAGGUGUCAAAUUAACUGGAUACAUGAAGAUACUUUUCAAAGCCAUCUUCAACUGGACACUAUUGUGUUGACUGGAAAUCCCUUGAUAUUCAUGGCUGAAACAUCACUCAAUGGGCCCCGAUCUCUUAGGCAUCUUUUCUUAAUCCAAACAGGGAUAUCAAAUCUUGAGUUCAUCCCAAUACAAAAUCUGAAAAGCUUGGAAAGUCUGUAUCUUGGAAGCAACUACAUUUCUUCCAUGAAGUUUCCCCCCAACUUCCCAACACAGAAUUUGAAAGUCCUGGAGUUACAGAAUAAUGCGAUACACUACCUUUCUCGUGAGGACAUGGGGGCUCUGAGGCAGGCCAGCAACCUCAGUCUUGAUUUCAGUGGCAAUGAUAUCACUGGCAUUGAACCGGGGGCUUUUUAUUCAAAAAACUUCCAAAGUUUGAAAUUUGGAGGCACACUUAAUGUGUCUGUUAUACUAAAUGGUCUGCUGAACUCUACCAUUCAGUCUCUCUGGCUGGGGACAUUCCAGGACCUUGAUAAUCAAGACAUUACUCCAGCCAUGCUGGAGGGGCUCUGCCGAAUGCAUGUACAUAGCCUCAACUUGCAGAAUCAUUAUUUCUCUGAUGUGUCACUUACUAUGUUCCAGUGCUUCACGGGACUCCAGGAAUUGGAUCUCACAUAUACUCACUUAAGUGUGCUCCCCUCUGGGAUUGCAGGUAUGACCUUGCUCAAGAAAUUGGUCCUCAACUCAAAUCAUUUUCACCAAUUGUGCCAAAUCAGUGCUGCCAGUUUCCCUUUCCUUACAGACCUCUUCAUCAAAGGUAACUUAGAGAAACUAGACCUUGGGGUUGGCUGUUUGGAAAAACUAGAACAUCUUGAGAAACUUGAUUUAAGCCACAGCCAAGUGGAGGCUUCUGAGUGCUGCAAUCUACAACUCAAAACUUUGCCCCACUUGCAGAACCUAAACCUGAGCUAUAACCAACCCCUUGGGCUUCAGCAUCAGGCAUUUAAAGAAUGUCAGCAUCUCCAAAAUUUAGAUUUGUCAUUCACCCAAUUGCGUGUUGAUUCUUCACAGAGUCCUUUUCAAAACCUCCAAUUCUUACAGGUUCUGAAUCUCUCUCACUGCGUUCUGGAUACCAGCAAUCAGAACCUUCUUGCAGGCAUCACAAAUCUCCAAUAUCUCAACUUAGAGGGCAAUCACUUUUCAGAUGGCAACAUCCCCAAGGCCAAUCUAUUUCAGACUUUGAGUACUUUGAAGACGUUGGUUUUAUCUUUAUGUGAACUCCUCUCUAUAGACGAACAAGCAUUCCAACACCUUGAAAAACUGAGCUACGUUGAUUUAAGCCACAACAGCCUGACAAGUAGCAGCAUCAAUGCACUUGGCCACCUGAAGGGGCUCUACCUUAAUCUGGCGGCCAACAACAUGGACAUCAUUCCAUGGCAUGUCCUUCCCAUCUUGUCACAGCAGAGCACCAUUAACCUAAGUCUUAACCCCUUGGACUGCACCUGCACCAAUAUUCAUUUCAUCACAUGGUACAAAGAAAACCUGAAACACGUCGUGAACUUAGAGAAGACUGUGUGUGCAAACCCCCCAGCUCUGAGGGGAAUGAAGGUCUCUGAUGUUGAACUGGCUUGUGGGAUGACAACUGUGGGCAUCUUAUUUCUCUUUGUGUUUUUACUCUUGUUCAUUAUAGGGCUCGGCUUUUUAGUUAAAUUCCUUCUCAGGUGGAAAUACCAGCACAUCUAGUGCUUAAGAUUGUCCAUGAUUGCCAAUAAAA